AUUAUCGAUAAUGAUGGAUAUGAAGGACAAAUAUUUGUAAAGGUAAACAAUCUUAUUUCUGAGAUCUAGCGUGAAAAUGCAAAUGACUCAAAUAACAAAUUCCAAAGAAUUGUUAUCAACAGCUCUUCAAAGCCGCAUUAUUCCAAAUCAAGAAUUCUUGUUACAGGGAUCCAUAUUAGAUUCGGCGGUUGAUCAUUUAAUACACAGGUUAAGAGGACUAUGUGAUACCGUGGAUGCAUCACCAGAACAGUUUCACGAUUUGGAAGUAUGUUUAAGUCUAAGGCAGCCAACACAGACCGCUCCACUAAUGCUUCGUGUUCGUAGAGCUUUAGAUAGAGAUUCUCCAUUCCAAUUGCGAUACAUUGGUCAACCUGAGUUAGAUAGAUCUCGUCCAACACUAGUUCGUUCUAGCAUAGAUGUUGGCUGUACAUCCACAAUUCUGGAUUUCCUUACAGAAUUGGGUUGUAGAUUGGAUUUCGAAUACGUUAGUCGUGGUUAUAUUUUUCGGAAAGGAAGGAUGAAAAUAACAGUGUCUAAAAUAAAGGCUGUUCCUGGAAAACAACAAGAAAUUGGUUCGGAAACGGUAUCUCAAAGUUAUCUCGUAGAACUUUCUGUUCUCGCUCCUAAUGGCCAAGAUUCCAUCGGAGAUGAAAUGCGUAUAUUUGCCGAGCAAUUGAAACCGCUGGUUCAGUUAGAAAAAAUUGAUUACAAGCGGCUCGGAGGUUUACCCUGAACAUUUGUUAAUGUAUAAAACUAACAAACAUCUACUUUUGAUUAAAUAAAAAUGUUCUAACAUUGUUUUCU